AUGAUAGUUAGCAGUGACACAAGACACGAGACAGCUGAAGAGCGCCUGUCCAUCUGUCUGCGGUUUCUUGCCACUGGGGACUCCUACAGGACCAUUGCGGGGAGCUUCAGAGCGGGCAUAUCCACCGUCUCCAUGCUCAUCCCAGAUGUGGUGGCAGCCAUCUGGGACUGCCUCGUGGAGGAGUUCAUGGCUGUGCCUGGAGCAGAGGAGUGGAGGUAA